AUGACCGGAAUCGUCACCGCCGCCUUCGAAUCCUGGGCCGACAAACAUCGUGCUGCGCUAGAUGCGAUCGUAGCCAAUGUCAACCUGAGUGACCCGAAGACUGUCACAUUCGAGAACAUUAUGCGCCCCGAGCUCCAGUUUGAGAAUGAGAAGUACUCACACAACCUGCGUUUCUACCAGCACAUUUCGGCGAACAGCGAAUUGCGAGACACCACUCGCAGAAUGGACAAACGGUACAUUGAAUUCUGGACUGAUAUGAAAAUGCGCGAGGACGUCUUCUGGGCGAGAGAUGCUCUGUAUCACCAAUCUGGUCUAGCGGCAAGCAGGAAACAGGAUCCUGCUCGGUACAUCACUGAGGACAUUGCAGAGAAUGCAGGUUUUGAGGACAUUGAGAGUGCUGUCGCUCUGGAAGAAGAGUGGAAAGCAGCCAUCAGCCGAGGAUUGGGCCUACCGUCUCAAUCUCAGCGUGACCGCUUCAAGCAAAUCCAAAAGCGCCUGGGACAAUUAAGAGCGAAGUUGGACGGCAUGGACGAUGAUGUUAUCGACCAGCUGGCAAAGGGAACGGGCGAGAAUGAAGGCAAGCACAAGGUCACGUUCGAUCCCAGUCAUUACGACAUCUUCCUUGAAACGGUUAAGGACCCGGAGGCUCGAAAGCGCAUGUGGAUUGCCAUGGAGAACAAAUGCCCGGAAAACGUCCCGCUCUUCCAAGAGGCCAUGCUUCUCCGACACGAGGCAGCUUGUCUACUGGGUUACCCAGACCAUGCCACGUUGAGGGUCGAAAGCCGAAUGGCGAAGACACCCACGGCUGUCAACAACCUGUUGGAUGACUUACGAAACCGUCUUGCACCCCUUGCCGCUAAAGAACUCAGCCAGCUACUCGAUGCUAAGAAGAAGGACUGCGAGGCUCGAAACUUGCCAUUUGAUGGCAGUUUCUAUUACUGGGAUUGGGAUUUCUACGACGCCAAAGUCUACAAGCAACAACAUGACCUCGACAACAAGAAGAUCGCCGAAUACUUUCCGAUUGAUUCCGCAAUAACAGGCAUGCUCAACCUUUUCGGGGAGCUCUUUGGCAUCGUUUUCGUUAGGUUAUCCGCAGAGGAUCUCGGGCGUAUCUUUCCUACUGGCGUUGCAGAAGAUGUCAUGUAUCACACGGACACCAUCAUGUUUAGUGCCUGGAACGACGAAUCCGAGGGCAAUGGCUUCCUGGGGUACCUUAACAUUGACGCCCACCCACGCGAGGGCAAAUACAGACACACGGCAAACUUUCAACUGGAACUUGGGCACCAGAAAGCGGACGGCACGAGGUUUUACCCAGCCUCGGCUCAUGUUUGCAACUUCCCUGCGCCAACCAAGGACAAACCCUCACUCCUCGACCACAAACAUGUUGUUGAUCUAUUUCAUGAACUGGGACACGGGAUCCACGGUCUGGUUUCACCCACUCCUUUCUCUCGUCAUCGCGGGACAGCAGGCAAGCGAGACUUUGUCGAAGCCCCCUAG